AUGGGCACCAACACGUACGCCAGCAAAUACAGUACGUAUAAACGCCUGACGACAUCGAGCGAGAUGUCGUACGCCUCGCACCAGAAACGAUCCUCCUACCACAGGGAGAUGACCAGCGAGUACAGUAAUUCAAAGGGCGUGUCCAGCAUGUCCAAGGAGGUAGUUUCGGGCACGGACAGUCGCAGUCUGCCGGUUUACAUCGCAAUUAAGGAUUAUAAACCGGACGACAGCGACAAGGAUGGUCUGCCACUGGACGAGGGUCAGAUCGUCGAAGUUCUGGACAGCAAAAACAUGUCUUCAUGGCUGGUCAGGACCAAGGGCUUGUCGAAUCCUGGCGCUGUCAGAGCCGGCACAGUUAUUCGUGGUAAACAUCUUGUCAUCGACCGCACAGAUGAUCUUCUGGGCAAUGCGGCGAUUGUCACCUACUCUACCAACCGAUAUGAAAUCUAA